AUGCUACCAACUACGGUGAUCCAGCGGUGUGAGGAUGGCUUGGUCAACUUCUUCAGAGGCUGGCUGGCGUACCGCGAGGGCUUUGGCAAGAUCACCGGGGAACACUGGCUGGGUAUGAAGCGUAUCCACGCCCUGACCAUCCAGGCCAACUACGAGCUGCGUAUCGACCUGGAGGACUUUGAGAACAGCACGUCCUUCGCCCAGUAUGGCUCCUUCGGGGUGGGGCUCUUCUCAGUGGACCCUGAUGAGGACGGAUACCCCCUCACCAUCUCAGACUACUCCGGCACCGCAGGCGACUCCCUGCUGAAGCACAACGGCAUGAAGUUCACUACCAAGGACGUAGACAACGACCACUCGGAGAACAACUGUGCAGCGUUCUACCACGGCGCCUGGUGGUACCGCAACUGCCACACGUCCAACCUGAAUGGCCAGUACCUGCGCGGCCAGCACACCUCCUACGCUGACGGCAUCGAGUGGUCGUCUUGGACCGGCUGGCAGUACUCACUCAAGUUCGUGGAGAUGAAGAUCAGGCCCACCAGAGAGGACAACCAAUGAGCUGUCAUGUUCUACUAGAAAAGGACAGCCAAUGAGAGACCAGAACUUCUACCAGACCAAGACACCCAGAGAAAGACCUGAGUUUCUACAAGACCAGAUUUGUGUCAGACUUAAGGUUUACCAUACCAGAGCAGAUUUUAACCAGAGGUGGACAAACUGGGAUUGAGAGAGUAAAAGUUCUGCCUGCGCUCUCAAACACAUGAUGAAUUCACAAAUGAUCUCAUUUACCUGUCAUCUGAUUCUGAGAAUUGGCUGAGACAAAUUUGUGGCAGGACUUCUACUUUCUGAACCUGGUAUGUCUUGUUUCUGCACAACAGGAGAUCUGGAAGAGGUAUGUAUGUGAAAAAGCAAAGGAGAAAGUUAUUAAAAAAAC